UGGUUCAGUCAGCAAAAUAUCCUGCCGGAUACAUCUACGCUAACUUUAUUUAUACAUCUAGCAUAAAUCGGAUGUUGUUAUUAUCAGGUGAUGUGUGUACGUACGUGGGAACCCCGGGGGAUGGUCGGGGCAAGAAACUAGUUGAGAGCCACAGAGAGCAAGGAACAGCGAGGGGACAAGACCUCCCAAUAAAUUAGCACCAAGAUGUUGCGAUCGCAGCCUGUUCUUUCAGAGCUGUUAUCCUCCUUUAAGUGUUUACACUCAAACAAACUUCAAAAUGAAAUCCGAACGCUUCCCCACCACCAAGGCAGGGGCUUGGUCGCUGGACUUCACUUUUGUCGAACAGUGAACUCUUCUAGAAAUUCUUCGCUGAGGAUUCUGAGACCUCCUGUCGGAAAAAUCCCCGCCUCGGAUUGCCUUCAUCAAGUCUCCGGGAGUUGUCGAAGUUCACAUUCGGAAGUUGCUGGCCAUCAACAUUUUGACUUCUCAACACCCGAAGCCUUCCGAGAUAAGACCAUCAGAGAGCUUUCACGUGGAUUAGUUGUGCUGAAAUUAUGCAGCUACACUGCAUUCGUUGACAACAGUUUGAAGAUCAUGAGUGUCUCACAGCGUCUUCUUGGGCAGCGACUGUUUGAAUUCUCUGCAAGGUGCACAUUCUACGGCCACUUCAUCGCAGGAAACGGAGAGGUCGAAGCAAAGGAACUCGUCAGAAAGUUUAAAAACGCAGGUGUGGCGACUAUUUUAUCCAUCACAGCCGAGGAAGACGUCGGGGAGAGCCAAGACAGUUACGACGAACCAAGAUACAAUAAGAAUGCCAGAAACUACAUGACUAACAACGAUCUCUCGGCUCGGUUAGCGGACAAGUUCAGCCCAGUCAGCCAACUCAAAAUCACUUCAUUCACCAAGGCAGAUGUUAUGGCCCGUCUAUCAGAAAAACUCGCAGAGUACAAUUUAGGCUUUGACAACGACACUCCCCUUAGCGUGUGUAAUCUAGCCCUGGGAUUAGACGGGAAGAUGGCGCCAAUCCCUUUAUUGACCGAGGCCGAAUUUAACCAUCUUCAGCUCACCUUAACGAGGCUCAACAAUAUAUGUGAGCAUGCAGUACAGAACAACAUACAGAUACUGGUGGAUGCAGAGAAGACUAAUAUAAACCCAGGGUUAACUCUGCUAACCUUGGCACUCAUGAUGAAGUUCAACAAGGAAAGACCUUAUGUAUGGAAUACCUAUCAGUGUUAUUUAAAGAAAAGCUUUGACGAACUCAAAAAGGACUUGCAGUGGGCAGAGCAACAGGGUUUAUGUUUUGGAGUUAAAAUAGUCAGAGGAGCCUAUCUAGAUGGAGAGAAAGAUUAUGCUGAGAAGCAUCAAUUGGAAGAUCCAUGCCAUCCAAGCGUUGAAGCUACGAGCGAGAUGUACAACAACGCCGUUGACUUCAUGCUGACUCGCGCACACAAGAAUCCUGGCAAAUGUGCAAUCAUUGUAGCAACUCACAACGAAGAGUCAGUACGGAAAGCAGCAUUAAAGAUGCAGGCGUUGGGACUAUCUCGUACAUCUGGUGAGGUUAUCUUCGGUCAAGUUUUGGGUAUGGCGGACCACAUCACCUAUGCGCUAGGUCGCGAGGGUUACCUCGUCUACAAGUCUUCCCCGUAUGGCCCAAUAGAAGACCUCCUUCCCUACCUCGCUCGGCGAGCUCAGGAGAACAGAUCUAUCUUUAAGAAUCAAGGCAUAGAGAGGACGCUUAUGUUGCAGGAAUUAAAGAGAAAACUCACUUUCCGAUAACCGUUUUUUUAUUUAGGCUAUAAUGUAACAGUUUAGGCAGUAAUUUGUCAAUGCCUGCAUUAAGAGUCAAGGCGUGAAGCAGAUGCUUAUAUUGCAGGAAUUAAAGAGAGAACUCACCCUCCGAUAACGGACUCUUUUUUUGUGACCUUCUGAUACCCAAGCCUUUUUUAUGAUGCAAUAAUGAAAUGGUUUUGGACGUAUUUUGUCAAUGCCUGCUUUAUCAGUUCCUCACACAUAUUAACAAACUAGACAUUGAUACAUCCUCACUUUUAAGACAACAUUCAUUCCAAUCCCUUUGUUUUCAAUUCGGGACCUAUCAGUUUCUCACAAAUAUUAACGAACUUGACAUUGAUACAUCAUCAUUUCUCAAUUCAAUUGUUUAGGCAGUAGUUUUUCAAUGCCGGCAUUAUCAGUUUUGCACAAGUAUUGACGAACUUGACAUCUUUAUCUGUCAAUUACAGCAACAAUCUUCACACUGAGAUAUCAUUAGUCGCAGACAAUGAUUACAUCGUCAGCUUUAAGAUUCAUUCAAAUCCUUUUGUUUCCAUUUCAACAAACUUAUCUCUGACCCUUUCUGAGAAUGUUAUCAAAGGUCAAAAGCUAACAUUCAUUCAAAUCCUUUUGUUUCCAAUUCAACAAACUUAUCUCUGACCCUUUCUGAGAAUGUUAUCAAAGGUCAAAAGCUAACAUUCAUUCAAAUCCUUUUGUUUCCAAUUCAACAAACAUAUCUCUGACCCUUUCUAAGAAUGCUAUCAAAGGUCAAAAGCUAACAUUCAUUCAAAUCCUUUUGUUUCCAAUUCAACAAACAUAUCUCUGACCCUUUCUGAGAAUGUUAUCAAAGGUCAAAAGCUAACAUUCAUUCAAAUCCUUUUGUUUUCAAUUCAACAAACUUAUCUCUGACCCUUUCUAAGAAUGCUAUCAAAUGCCAAAGGUCAAAAGCAAAAUAUUUGUACCACCCAGAAACAAGUUAGUUUUAGAGGUCGUUCAGACACAGUACCAAAGUCGGUUUAACUCGGGUUCCACUCUGUGUCUGAACAGUUCUAAAGUAAGACACAAUUGGGUUUAACAAAUAAAAGUUAGACUGUCGAGCUAGGGGGUUUCUCUUUAGACGACUUUGGGUUUAUCUUUUGACACUGUGUGGGGACAGAAUAAAAAAAGACCAUAUCCGGUGCUGUCUGUACUGAACGAAAUUUUUUACGACCACCCUGUAAAGUUGAAUAGGUUAAGUUAGUACACUGUCUGAACAUACCCUUGGAGACAAUGGCCAACAGGAUCGAUAUCAGUUACAGUCAGGAACAAUGGGGAGAAAACGCUCACUGCAGUCUCCAAACUCGGUCAAGUUUACUUUGUGAAAUAAUCAGAGAUUAGGGUUCAUAAUUGCUGAUAAAAAUGUCUGUACCAAGAUCCAAAUUUGAGAGAUAUGUUGAAAUGAUGGAAUUUGAGAUUUCAAUGAGCAUUGUAUUCUCAGUACAGGGAAAUAGCUCAAAAGGCAGGAUUUUAACAAGUCUGCAACUUCAUGAAGAUAAAAGUUUAAGCUUUUGUCAUCUUUGAACAAUGUUAAAAGCGCCAUGAGUAUAUACCUACAAAUUGCAUGUGCUUGCAAUACUAACAAAACUUAAAAUGUUGUCCCACAGGGUUGAACUUUUUGUUUUAAAAAUGAUACUUGUAUUAUCAUACGUAGGUGUUGCACUUCAAAGGUUAUAGAGUUCCAUAUGUGUGUAUCAAAUGAUAAACCAUAAGGGAAACUGACUGGGUAAAUUUUUAAUGAUUUGGGGUGGAACAGAACAGUUGGGAGUUGACUUGAGUGGGAUUUCAACUUAUGACCUUUGUGCGAACAUGCCGGUGCACUACCAACUGAGCUGUCUAGGCUUAUGUUGGUGGUCCCCCUAUUUUGUUAAUAUCUUUUUUCAGGGGUGCCAGUCAGAAGCCAUACAGCUGUUAGCUGCCAUAUAAUUGUAGCCAGGGAUCACACCCAAGUUUUCGAUACAACUUUGAAAGAGGAAGCGAGGGGAUCACCUUAAGGGGAUGUGGCUUUUUUGUUUCAGAUAUCAAAUAAUAAACCACAAGGGAAACUUACUGGGUAAAUUUUAAGGAUUUGUUCCAAUGAAGUAGAUCACAUGAGCCUCAUUCCAUUUGCAGGGGAUUGGUACAAGCUGCUUCGAGCCACUUUGUUUUCCACAGGGUUUUUAACGUACUUUUUAAAACUUUGACUUAUUUAUUUCAUUAUACCUCCAGUAGGGAAGUGAGACGAAAUGUUCAGUUUUAGAUGUUUGGAGGAAAACCCAAAAUAGGGAAAAAUCCACGCUUUAGGUAGAGACCUGAAAACCCAAUCUUCAUGCAAGGCUUUAGGGCGAAGGUGGGAUUCGAACUGGAGUCCACUGAGGUGAAAAACUUGACAAGAGAGACCAUUACAUUUACUUGCAUCAACAUUUAUAUUGCACUUUAAAGAUUACAGUUUAAAGGGGAAAAGUGUAACUAUUUACCUUUAUUUUAUCCAGCUACUCAAAACUAUACUGCUGAACCUUAUUACAAAAAGUAUAGUUGUAUUUGUAAAUUGAGUCUUUAUUUUGCUCUUUCGCUCGAAAAAUUUUACCCUAACUUUAGUCUUUAUUUUGCUUUUUCGCUUGGAAAAUUUACCCUAACUUAAUUUAUACAAGUAUUUCCAAAUCCUUUGGGUAUUUUGUAUGCUCUAAUUUGAUAGUUAUUGCUCUAACAUAUUUGUAAGUAAGAACUUAUAAUUGGUUAGAUUUGAGGGUAUAUCAGCACUUUAUCAAUGUCUGCUUUUCUGUUAUUUGUUUAACUUUCUCAUGUUUAUUUCUGUUUUUUCUUUUGCUUAGUUUGUUUAAAAUAUGUUCUUUGAAUUUGGUGUUGUUGCCCUGGUUUACUAAAGUCUUCAAGGACACCAGCACCAUAGCGCUUAGAAAUAUAGUAUUAAAGGGUGGUAUAAAUAUAUAUUAUGACUAUUAUUGUCACUUUGAGCUAUGACAAUCAUCAAAAUAUUUUUGUAAAUAUUUCUCCCAUGCCAUUUUUGUAAUUGUAUCAUCUGAAUUAUGAAGAAUUAAUUUACAACUCAAAUAGUAAACUUAUAUUUGGAAUUAAAACAAACUGAGAAAAACCUAAAUAUCAAAGACAACACAAUAUUGUUUAUUGCACUCUUCCCCGUUUAUAUUUACAUAGUAUUUACAUAUAAAGUCCGGUUCCCAGUGUACACAAUGCAAAGGGUAAUCUAAUCGUUAUACCUAAAAGGAGACCAGACUUUGUUUUAAUGAUAGGCACUUAAUUAAUAGGCACUUAUCUUAAAGGAUUUGGGUACCUUUUCAAAAUGUCCAUAGAUUUACAUUUAGCUU